AUGGACGAGAGUCAGAGCGCGACCACACCGCUGGAACGGCUUGGAAAACUGCUGAUAAUUCCACCGCUCUCCAUCGAGGUCAUUCCAGGUGACGGCUCGGACGGGCCACCCGAUUGGCUGAGCGAUGCAGACCAGCAGGCAUAUCGGCCUUUCCUUUACGUCGAGGGACAUCUAGGCGUGCCUCGAAAGGUGCUAUACAAGGCUUAUGCUGUUGCCGUCCGCGAAUACGCGAAACUCAGGCCGAGCCCCCGAAGUGCUUCAAGCCCGAUCGACGCAGAGCGGCUUGCACACUUGUCGGCUGUCAUCCUACUCGCAAACCCGGCUCACCAGACUGCAUUGAACACGCGAAAACAACUAUUCUCUUCUGGUCUAUUGGACACUAGCAAGGAGUUGCAAUUUCUCUCGGCGCUACUCGUUGUUCGGGAGUGCUCGAAGGAGAGUCUUCUAUGGCACCACCGUCGAUGGCUACUGCGUCGUAUCGUCACGACAGAUGUCGUAGCGAAUGCUAGAUGCAUCCGACAGGAGGACACGCUCCGCGACACCGUGCUCUCUACGGAGACACUGCGUUCUGAGUUUGCCAUCGUCGCCCAAGCUUGCGAGACGUAUCCCCGAAAUUAUUUUGCCUGGAUCCACCGCUACCUCUGUCUCGAAGCGCUCGUCAUGCUCGCACGUUCACCGACACCGUUUCAACAAGCCUACCGCUCUCUCCUUCUAGAAGAAGUGCUAUUCGCCCGCACAUGGAUCGAGCGACACAUCUCGGACUACACCGCCGUGCAUUAUUUCUGCAACAUGCACCUCCUCUUGCUCCGGCAGGAAGACAUCCCCCUUCCAAUCGACGCGGCGAGAACCCUCGACUUGGACCACAUAGACAACCUGACGCUCCGCACCGCGUUGUAUGCGCAUGCCAAAUCGUUGCUUGCCUCGUACCCGGAGCACGAGACGAUGUGGCUUUACUUGCGAGCUGCGAUAUACAUCUGCGGCACGCCGGACGUCUAUGCAGCAGACCCGUACGGUGCUCAUGACCACGGCCUCGGAGCCCCUGCGCCCUCGAAGCUUUUGGUUCUGACGCACGCGGAGCGACAUCGCGCGUGGCUCCGUCGUGCCUCAACGUAG